UGAUUGCAAGCUUCGACUCGUGUUUGCUCGACCGUCGAUGUAGAUCUAAUAUCCCGCAUACGCUCUCGGGAUUCGCCUAGCACAAAGCCUUGUCCCGCAAGCGGUUGACACCGUCUCUUUUCGGCGUCUAAUCGCCCUUCUACCAGCUCAUCAACCGCCGCUCGCUCGCUCUCUCAUUCUCUCGCUCACUCCUCCUCUCCAAUAACCCAAGUGCGCUCUAUCCGAUGACGACGACUGCGGAGGGUACAGGUGAGGACGAGCCGUUGAAGGCCACAUACAUCUUCUGGGGCGCUACUGUUGACGGUCUGCCGCACCGUCGGCCGAUCGAGUCAGAGUCCAGAAGCUACUUGCGAUUCAGCGUAGAUGGAGAGCCGACAUGGGAUACCGAGGAGAUCCGCACGAGGGGGAGCACUGUCACCUGGGAUGGGGAGAAUCAUCAUGCACAAUUCAAAGCUCGUCUAACCUGCAAGCUGCGCGUCACGCUUCAUAGGCAUCACGGGUUUCUUCCCGUUGAGGAUUUGGGCACUGCUGAGCUGCCACUGAGCAGCUGGAUAGCCCUCACCCAGGGCAUUACUCUCUUCCCCCUUCUGAGUCAAAGGUGAAGAAGCGAAUCAACAUCAAGCUUCGUAUCGAGGCAGACGACAUGACCAGCAGCAUCCCAUCAAAAUCCCAGGAAAGCGAGUGGGAAGCGCCGCUGGCACAUGCACAAGUAUUGAUUGACGUGGUGGAGCAACAUCCUGAGCUGCUUGCUGCCAUUGGGGGAGACUCUGGGAUCCAGCCUGUUCAGUCGUUCGCUAAGAUAGCGAACAAGGCCCUCAAGGCUGCUAACAAGAUGAUGGACAAAUCCAUUCAAUCCCACCGGGACAAGAUCAUUGAGCUACUGGGAAAGCUGAAAUUCGUCUACAUCAUUCUUCAUGGCGCAGUUAGUCUACGUGCCGCGAUGACGCUCGCUCCGAACAAGGCGCAUGACAACACCCUCUCGCUUCUUGUGCGCCAGACAGUUGACUGUGCAUACUUCCUGUACACGUACACUACAGAUGCGAAAUCGCGCUUUCGACUGGCAGACCAAAUCACAAUGAAACAUACUGUCGACCAGUAUUUCAAACAGCUUGAUGGACUGAUGCAAGACUAUCACCAAAGCUCACAGCUCCACGUUGAGAUUGUGACAGUCCAAAUGCUUCCAAUGGUCGAGCAAAUUGGCGCAAGCAUACAUGUGAACGAAAUUCCAUACCUUAGCGGGGCCGGGUACAACAGCAGCAAGCGAUGUCUGCCCGGUACUCGAGCAGAAUUCCUGGACCGGAUGACGGAAUUGAUUGGCUCUGUUUCGCCUGAAACUCCACGGAUAUUCAUCCUCUUUGGACCCGCUGGGACGGGCAAAUCGACGAUCGCGCACACGCUUGCAGGCCGGUUUGAAGCGAUAGGUCAGCUCGGAUCGAUGUUGUGUUUCAACAGGAACGAGGCAGCGAGCCGCCAAACGGAAGCUCUGUUCCGAAAUAUCGCACAUGACUUGUACAAGGGUCGACCUGCGUUUCAAAGCGGCGCUCUCCGAUUCAAUCAGGGAUGACAAGAGCACGUGUGUUACGCGGGACCUCCAGCGGCAAUUUGACAAAUUCAUCCUUGAGCCAGCGCAGAAGCUGACGGCGAGCGGGCCUAUUGUGAUCAUUGUGGAUGCGGUGGAUGAAAGUGGGUCACCGGAUGAACGAGGGGAAAUGCUGGAAAUCAUCGCGAACCGAGGGAAGGAACUUCCUGGAUACUUCCGUUUCGUGUUCAUAUCGAGAGAGUCGCCGGAUAUCCACUCUAUUCUCGGCUCAACGCCCGGUGUCCACCUGGAACGAAUGCCAACGGUCGAAAAUGAUACGCAUCUUUUCACAGAUAUGCUCGCAUACGUUCGGCACCUUUUACGCCAAGGGCACGAUCCUUCAAAGCCUACGACGCUGUCAGAGGAUCAGUGCAAAGAUCUGGCGGGAAGAGCUGCUGGUGUGUUUCACUGCGAUGCGAUACGAGCGUUUACUGAAGCGACCCGACAAGGGGCUGGAUUAUCUGUACCGGGCUGUGCUCGAAGAUGCGUUUGAGCCGCGAACACCAGCACUCCCGAAUCCUAAUGAUUCUGAAGAAGACGCUGCAGACCAUCUGGAGUUCUUCAGAGCCCUGAUGGGCAUGGUCCUCACCUCGUUCAAACCUUUACCGAUAGGGUCGAUUACCACGCUCAUCGAGCUGGCCCAACCUUCUGCUCCUGCUGCGUGGCGCGAGAUGCUCCAGUCUCUGAGUUCAUUGCUCAGUGGCGUCAACGUCCCCGGGGAGCCUAUACGACCUCUGCACAUCUCCUUCUCCGAGUUCCUUCAAGAUCGUAAACGAGGAGGCAAAUUCUUUAUCGGGACCACCGGCCACCACGAACGACUCGCUGUAGCGUGCCUCAAGCUGCUCAAGACCAGACUGCAUUUCAACAUGGGCGAUAUAAAGACGUCAUAUCUUUCAAACAUGGCGAUGCGGUCCACUAACAGAUUCGAGAAUAAAGUGCCAGAGGAGCUAGAAUACGCAUGCGUCUAUUGGUGCUACCAUCUCUCCAGGUCCACAAAGGAAGUUGAAGGAGAUUGGCCCGAAAUGAACAAACUGGUUCAUCACCUGUUCAUGGAAAAAAUCUUGUUCUGGGUAGAUGCUGCGAGCGUCGCAAAUGUUACACGUGAUCUCAGCCCUGGCCUGACUGCUGUUAUGACACGGUUGCCGGAGGACAUGAGACCGAUCGCGCGAGAGGCGCGACAAUUCCUUCUCAGGUUCGGUCGCCUGAUUGCCGAGUCGUCUGCACACAUUUAUAUAUCGGCGUUGCCAUGGACGCCGAGAAGUUCCAAGCUUGCAGAUCUGUAUCAGUACCGAUAUCCACAGAUUGCUCGAUUGGCCUGUCCCGAAUCGACGAGUUGGCCUGCUCUUCGACAUGUGAUUCCUAACCCUGGUGGAUACGUGUCUUACCUUGCCUUCACGCCUGACGACGCUUUGAUUCUUUGCGUAUCGACGGAAGGUACGAUCUAUGUGUGGAAUGCAGCGACUGGUCAUGCAGAACGUGAGCCACUCAGGGGCGCUUCAAGGUGGCCCACCUGGAUCAAUUCCUCUCAUGACAGCACACGGGUCGUCUCGAAAUCCGACCACGGAACGCUGAGAGUGUGGGAUUUGCGAACUGGUGUUAUCAUUAGCGAUAUACCAAUCCAACCUAGUGCAUAUGCCACAUCUCAAGCGAUCUUCUCUACUACGUCCCAUGUCAUGUACGCAUCCGCAGAGCACAUGAUCAAGUUGUGGGAGGCGACGACUGGGAAAUUUAUGUGGCAAUCGCUGACUGAACACAUGCAUAUGGUCGACUUGGUCGCUUUCUCUCACGAUGCUGCACACAUCAUCUUGCAUUGCCAGGGCACUGUCGUGGUUUGGAACGCUAAGACGGGCGAAACUAUUGGCAGCAGAGAGUGGGGUUUUGUUACUUCGCUCGCCAUAUCAAAUAACGGCCUUCACGCUGUUGCUGGUUACUUCGAUGGAGGUGUGGGGAUAUGGCACUUAGAGAAUGAUGAGGGAUCCGGCCUGCGGGAAGCACGUACUACAAGCAGCAUGAAAACAAGGGCCGGCCAUAUCGAACAGUUGGCUUCAGUUGCGUUUUUAGCCGACGAGACGCAAAUCAUAUCAGCAUCGGAGGACAACACCAUCGUGAUGUGGGACGCAGCAUCUGGUGAGAAGAUGGGCCACUCGUUGUGUUGCCGGCCGGGCUUGGGCUCUGCGAUUCGUUUGUGGCACGAUGGCGGACGCACUCUCAUACCGUCCACCAUGAUUAUCUUGACGUUGUGGAACGCAGAGACAGGCAAAGCCAUGCGCAAGGUUCUAAUCGAUUACCUUCCAAUUUCAACCUCCGUCCCAUUUGCCCUAUCCUGCGACGCGACGCGCGUAGCAGCAGCUUGCGACGAUGGAUCGAUCCGGGUGUGGGAUGUUGCAACUGGAGAGAUGGUCUACGCAUGCCGGACUGCGGACUUACAAGAAUACUGGCGCAUCAUUCUUUCCCCUGAUGGUUCGCGGAUGGUUACCUUUUCGCACGACACAAGAAUAAGACUAUGGAAUGUGAGGAACGGCGAACUUAUUGUGCAACCCUUCAGCGAGGAAAUGGUCGCCACCGUUGUGUUUUCCGAUGAUAGCUCGCGAAUCGUCACAGGGUCAGCAUACGGAACGAUCAGAGUGUGGGAUGCGAGCACUGGCGAGGCCAUUGCCGAGGCCAUGACUGGGCACACGGGGCUAGUCGGCAGCGUCGCCUUCUCUCGUCACGGCGGGUGGAUUGCAUCCGGCUCGUAUGAUUGCACGAUCAGAAUGUGGGACGCAAGUACCGGUCAAGGGAUUGGAAGGCCCUUCGUGGGACAUACCGACGACGUCACCUGCGUGGCGUUUUCCCUUGACAACUCUCGAAUCAUCUCCGGAUGUGAUGAUGGGACAGUCCGGAUGUGGGACGUAAGCACAGGCCGGGCUAUCGGAGAUCCCCUCACUGGACACACUGAGCGUGUUGAUUCUGUCAUGUUCUCACGUGAUGGGACACGUGUAAUCUCGUGUUCUAAGGAAGGCAGGGUGAAGACGUGGCUAGCAGAGGGCGGGGAUCCCACCGGGAUCAUGGUAUCCAUUCCUGGAGAUAUCAUGUCCGGUAUCGGUGUCACAAGUACCGGGAUAUGUGCUGUUGCGACAUGUUCACCUAGCUCUGUCGUGGUGUGGGAUUCAGAAACAGGCGAAGACGUGGGCCAGCCAUUCACCGGGCACACGCAUAGAGUGAGGUCCGCCAGAUUUUCAAAGGACGGCAAGCAGGUUAUAUCGGUAUCGAAAGACGAGGUGGUGAGGAUAUGGGGCACGGAGUGUGGCGAUGAGAUAGGCGCGCCGUUCAUUGCGCCUGCUGGGCCCGCUGUCGUUGGAUUCUGGCACGACAACGGAGGGACGAUCGUAGCCUCGGCGGAGACGAGCAUCAAAGUAUGGGAUGCGUCGACAGAAGCUCCUACGAGCAAGGUUGUGUGUUCUCUCAACCACAGAGUCACACAGAUCGUGUUAUCCGGGGAUGGUACUCGGAUUGCAGCAAUAUGCCGCUAUGGAACAGUCAUGGUGUGGGCCGUGAAGACUGGGAAAGCCAUCUGCCUACCCUUGAUCGACCACGGCGACGAUAAACUGGUUUUGACGUUCUCUCAUAACGGCUCGCGCAUCGUCUCGAAAUACUGGACUGGCAAGGUGAGACUCUGGAAUGCGGACACAGGAGAAUCCAUUGGUGAACCGCAAUAUUACCCCCAAUUCGGGAGUGUUGCCUUUUCCGGUGAUUCCAAUUCUAUCGUAUUUGCUUCCGAGAAGGCAGUCAAGCUGUUAAACGCCGACACUUGCGAGAUCCUCGGCGAUCCUCUCAUCAGGCAUGCCGACUACGUCACCACAUUUGCCUUCUCCCAAGAUAGCACGUGCAUCGCAUCUGCAACCAAUAAUGAGAUCAGGGUGUGGAACGUGGACCCCAAUGACGGCAUUAGCCAGACCCUGAAUCACCACAUGAGCGGGGUCACGUGCGUUGCUUUCUUGCCCGACGAUAAACGCAUUGUAUCGGGUCAUUACGAUAGUACAAUCAUGAUGUGGGAUGCGAAGACUGGUCAACCAAUCGGACGUCCGCUCACAGGGCACACGAAAUGCGUUACUUCUGUGGCAGUCUCCCGUGAUGUAACGCAUCUCGUAACCGGAUCCUGGGACAAGACGGUCAGGAUAUGGGAUGUCGCGACUGGGGAGGCGAUGGGCGAGCCGUUUACUGGCCACACAAGCCGUGCCACUUGUGCCGCCAUUUCGCCCAAUGGUAAGCGCAUCGCGUAUGGAUCUGAGGACAAGACAGUAAUCGUGUGGGAUGUGGAGAGUGGUCAACCCAUCGGCGAACCACACAGACAUACCGAUGAGGUCCUUUGCGUGGCAUUCUCUGCUGCUGGCACGCACAUCACCUCCGUAACGUGCGAUUGGAAACUCUGGUUGUGGGAUGUGGACACUGGCCAGACUGUAGAAAAGCCGUUGAAUGGCCGCACAGAGUCCCGCAUCCCCUUCACCUUCGCUGCCUUAUCUGAUGAUUGCACGCGCCUGGUGUCCGUGUCCGAGAAGGAUACCGCCAGGCUGUGGGAUGCGGAGACGGGCCAAUCCAUAAAGUACCUGUUGACCGGGCAGGCCAGCAAUAUCUACCGUGUGGCCUUCUCCCCAGACUGCAAGCGUGUCGUGUCCGGAUCCAGGGAGAACACAGUCAGGUUGUGGGAUGCAGAGACCGGUCAACCUAUUGGCACGCCGCUCACUGGGCACACGGGCUGGGUCUCAUCUGUGGCCUUCUCCGGUGACGGCAAGCGCAUCGUAUCCGGGUCGUGGGAUGGGACGGUAAGGGUUUGGAGUGCCGAGACGGGCGCGGCCAUUGGGCAGCAUGCAUUCACUCGCACCUCGGGAGGUGAGCAAGAACUGUAUGCAACUCCCCCCAGGAGCCAUGGCAUCACCUCCUCGGCUUUGGAGAGUUUGGCACCAUGGCAUGGACCAUCGGAAGCAGGGCAUGGAGGAGGACAAUUGUGGCGUACUGUUGUUCGUUCCCAGUCGUCCAACGCGGGUGUGGUACAUACAAAUCAAUUUGCGACACUCGAUGCUUGCGCGGCAGGGGAUGAGAUCACGCGUUCGGAGCUGAAGAUGGCAAAGGAGGACGAGGAGGCUGCGGCAGACGAAGAGGGCAGGACGCAGAACGAGGAGAAUGACGAAGAGAAUGAGGACGAGGAGCAGGAGCAGCACGAGGAGGAGCAGGAGGAGCAGGAGCAGGAGCAGGAGGAGUUGAAUCUCGACGUGGUGACCUUCUCCAAGAACAAUCUGUCCCUUUCUCCCCACGAUGAACAGCAGAUGACACAACCUUACGUUCCAACAACGGAGGGUAACGACGGGAUCGAAGUUUGA